AAAUAGUGGAAAGUAACCUCGUCUAUAACUUCCGCCUUCAACCGUUUGUUAUCAAAAUUUUGUUUUAAGCAUUUUUACACGAAUAACACGCAUCUUUACAUCGGUGGUAACAGGUGUUAACGUUAUUGGUGUACACAAGCCAUCUCAAACCGAGACCCAGACGCCUAAGACGGAGGCAUGAGAACUGUAGUGUGCCCCUGCAUGCACAACAACAACAACACUAAUUUUCUUAUUUUCCUACCGACAAGAACUGAAAUGUUAUUUUUAAGGACAAAUAAAGCAACCAAGAUAACAUGAUCAGAGGAUGCUCAUAGACAAGAACAUUUACGACGUGCCAUUAUACCAUCUACUCCUCGGUUGUCCACAAACUAACUAUACUGAAUGGUUCAUUUAGUCUCCUGGGGAUGGCUGCCGACACCAACAUCUUCACCGAUAAGCAGACCAAUAACUGGUUCAAAGCGUGCAUUGCCCUCAAUUUGACAAAGGAUGGAUUGACCGACCUUGUUGUGACGGAAUUAUUAAACGUCCAAACAAAAGUUGGUAGAAGUUGUGGACAAUGCUUUAUUCAAAACCUUAUACCGUGUCCAACUCAGGACGUGUGUAAAAAGAGGAAAGGAAAUAACUGUUCUUUCCACAAUUCACUACAACCAAAGUCAUGCCAAACAUGUGAUAAAGUGAAACAAAAUAUCACAUUGUUACACAGAUUUAAAGGUCCUAGUUGGGCAAACACUAAAGCUGAAUUAUGGGCGACGGAUCCGUGGGAAAUCGGUAAAUGCUACCUCCCACGGGACGGAUAUAGCAGCGUAUCAUCUGUGCAAGAAUCUGACUUCAAUGGUGUGGUUAGCAUUGUGUUGAACUGCACGCAUUUCCAGACAUGCCUCUCCGCCACAUGUCUAUCACCGCCACCACCUGAUAAGCAAUGCCCGCUAGAAAAGGUCCGACAAAUAGGCCGAGAUGUACGCCAUACUGCCGACUGCAAGGUUACAGAUGCUGAUCUGCAGUACUUCUUUCUGACACUGACCACCCUACUAGCGGAUCCAGUCUGCUUAUUGCAUGAUACCUCAGCGACAGAAGCCCGCGUAAAACUCAGUGAUUUGCAGAAUGAUCGUCUAACACUUGUUGAUUUGGGCAAGAUGUUGAAAGAAGCAAAUCAGACCCUCACACAUGCAAAAGAGGCCGGAGAACGUUUUUCCGAAGAGGCUGAAAGGACCCUGAAAGAAGGACUGAAUACAUUAGAAGCUAAAAUACAGGCUGGGAAAGAAUGUCUUGAAAACAAAACACAAACUAGUGAACAACGAAUUGAAAAAAAGGCACUUUCUGGUGAACAACGUCUUGAAAAUAAGACACAGGCUGGAGAACAAAGCAUUGAAAACAAGACACAGUGUGGAGAACAAAGCAUUGAAAACAAGACACAGGCUGGAGAACAACGCCUUGAAAACAAGACACAGUCUGGAGAACAAAGCAUUGAAAACAAGACACAGGCUGGUGAACAAUGCAUUGAAAACAAGACACAGGCUGGAGAACAAAGCAUUGAAGACAAGACACAGGCUGGAGAACAAAGCAUUGAAAACAAGACACAGGCUGGAGAACAAAGCAUUACAAACAAAUCACAGGCUGGAGAACAGCGCAUUGAAAACAAGACACAGGCUGGGGAAAAGAGCAUUGAAAACAAGACACAGGCUGGAGAACAAAUAAUUGAAAACAAGACACAGGCUGGAGAACAACGCAUUGAAAACAAGACACAGGCUGGAGAACAACGCCUUGAAAACAAGACACAGGCUGGAGAACAAAGCAUUACAAACAAGACACAGGCUGGAGAACAAAGCAUUGAACACAAGACACAGGCUGGAGAACAAAGCAUUGAAAACAAGACACAGGCUGGAAAACAAAGCAUUACAAACAAAUCACAGGCUGGAGAACAAAGCAUUGAAAACAAGACACAGGCUGGGGAACAAAGCAUUGAAGACAAGACACAGGCUGGAGAACAAAGAAUUGAAAACAAGACACAGGCUGGGGAAAAGAGCAUUGAAAACAAGACACAGGCUGGAGAACAAAUAAUUGAAAACAAGACACAGACUGGAGAACAAAGCAUUGAAAACAAAACACAGGCUGGAGAGCAAAGCAUUGAAAACAAGACACAGGCUGGAGAACAAUGCAUUGAAAACAAGACACAGGCUGGCGAACAAAGCAUUGAAAACAAGACACAGGAAAGCAUCAACCGCAUAAAUCAAGCAGCGAUUGGAAAGGAGCUAGACGAAUACGAGCGUGACGUAACAGAUCUUCUCAAGCGAUUGGUGAACCAUUACCGUGAUACCGUUUGCUACGUGCCUCUGUCUACUUUGGAUCCUAGUCUCGAUAAGCACGUACAAGACGUCUAUGCCACUCCAAAAAUACACAAGAUGAAGAUAGAGAAUGAUGGUAGACGCACGCAACAGGAAGAAAUAUUGACAUACAAAGAUUGCUUUUAUAGAGGUGAUCAUUUAUGUAGACGUACAUAUUUACAAGGUGAGCCGGGAAGCGGCAAGACAAGUUUUGCUUCCAAAUUAGUUGACGAUUGGUGUAACGUGCAUGAAUCCUCGAAUGAAUCUACAAAGGAACAAACGGCGUUUGUUGAUGUUGAUACCCUUCAUAAAUUCAAGUUUCUCUUCUUCAUUUCGUUGCGCGAUUCGAGAGAACAGACACAUGUAACACAUAUGAUACAAACUCAGCUCAUCUACAAAAUCUACGCGGUAGACGAAUGGGAGAGGGCGUAUAAUCUAGUCUUAAAAAUAAUGAGAAAGGUGAUGUAUCUUGUUGUUCAAGAAGGUCUGGAUGAGUGGUCUGGUAAAGAAGCUCUGCCAUAUAUGGACGGUAUUCCUAAAGAUAAUUGCAUUGUGCUAACAACUUCUCGACCAUGGAAACUCGCGGAUGAACGUAUCAAGAAUUCUCAAAUAGACAUAUUGUUGGAAGUCUACGGAAUAAUCGAUUCCUAUGGAUUCAGUGAAAGGAUACUACGACAUCUUCUUGAUGAAACAAAGGAUUUUAAAGAAACUGUGAUUCAGUUUCAGGUUUUUCUGAUGAGGCGUGGCCUUGAUUCGAUAUCAUCUUCGCCCAUGCUGCACACGCUUGUCCUAUGUACAUGGGUAGAUGAUAUGGCUGAGAGUCUUACCGGAUCGUCAAGGUGUGAAUUGUUUACCACCUUGCUUGAAAACUUAUGUAAAAAAGCUAACCCACAAAUGAGUUAUUUCGAUCAAUACUACCCAUCACCAGUAAACUGCUUUUCUCGCACAAAGUAUGUUAAACCAAACAUGGAACAUAUAGAUGUUAUAGCCAAAGCUGCGUUUUCAUUUUUGUUUUCAAAUGAAAAAGAAACAUCACUAGUGUUCAGCGACAUUAAUCUUUCGGCUCAUUUGUCUGAAAGUACAAAGCAGUUCGCACUACAUUCAGGAUUAAUAUCCAAAAGAAAAAGUAAAAAAUGUUAUGAUAAUACAAGCUCGUUUGUCCACAAGACUGUUCAAGAGUUCUUUGCUGCUCUUCACAUCUCCAACAAUACAGACGUGAUUGAUAACGUUAUUUGCGAAUAUCUCAAAAGUAAUAGGGAUUCUUUUCUGGAUAUUUCUCAAGUUUUCAUAUUUCUUUGUGGCUUCAACAUCUUGGCAGCUAAUAAACUAUCUGCACUGAUGAAUCAGGUCAACGAAGUUAGUCAUGGGGUUGAUCAUUAUGUUUUCCAAUGGGACAUCAUCUCAGGUUAUAGGGAGGCUGUGGCAAACAAGAACACUCCAAUAGACCUACAUCUGAGUCGCUUUGAAGUUAAGUAUUAUAAUGCUGAAGAUUUGAUCAACAUCUUUGCACUGAACGCUUCACGGGCUCGAUCUUUAUGGGUUAAUGGCCAUAUAAGCAGACCUGUAAUAAUACGUUCACAAGACGCGUCGACUUCUCUUUGUCAGGGACCUAGACCUGUCUCAUUAGCUGCACGUGAUUAUGCCGACCCCUCUACAAGAGCGAAGCAGAAAGAAGUCAGAUCGUCUGCAUCUUGUUUGGAAUUCGACUUCUCAGCGUGUCACAACCUGGAACUGUUGGUGCUCGAUGGUUAUAUAACCGUGCUACCAAAUGCACUUGUGGGUUUAAAGAAGUUGAAAUAUCUAGUAAUGAAUUCGAAUUUUAAAUGUGAAGCGCUGGACUUGUCACAGUGUAUACACAUAGAACGGUUGGAGCUAAAUGGUGAUGUAACCGUGCUACCAAAUGCACUUGCGUGUUUAAAGAAGUUGAACUAUCUAGAAAUUAGUUCGGAUUGUAAAUGUAAAGCACUUGACAUGUCACAUUAUGAACACAUAGAAUCAAUAAAUCUCGGAAAAAGAGUAACUUUACUACCACACUGUAUUACUCAUUAUAAGAAUCUGAAAUGUAUUAGAAUAUGCACAGCUUAUAAAGAACUCAAUUUGUCAAUGCUUGUAAACUUAAAUUCGAUAACAAUCAGCAAAAAAGUGCAAGUGUUACAGAAGCCACUUCUCAUUCAUAACAAUCAAAAACUUAAAUCUAUUGGUUUUCAUGAAUUUGAUUUCAACAGGUGUUACAAGAAAGGCAUUCAUACAUGGUGUCUACUAAACGGUGCUGAUCCACUUCUGUGUGCAGACUAUACUCCAGUACUGCCCUCCAUAAAACACAUUGAAUUGUUAAAAGUAACGUGUUCCUCCACCUGGCUAUGCAGUCUGCUCACCACACUGUUUACACUCGAUCAUAGGGUGAAGUGUCGUAUGUGCGAUUGUGACAUAACUUCACUCAAAGUCAGCAAGUCACCUUCCACAUACGCAAGAAUAACAACGGAUUUAAAAAAUACGUGUAUAUUCAAUGUCUCUGUCGAUAGCCCUGGUCUAUGGGAGACUCUGCUCGGUCUAAGUGUCAAGAAUCUGAGUAUUUCAGGUCAGCGUUAUGUUUCUUCGAAUUGGAAAAUUAAUCAUGUAUCGUCAUUGUCACAGUCACUAGCAACCCUCUCACAGCUGGAAACGCUUAGAAUGCAUUUAUCUAGAUAUAUCGACCUACAGCUUCCUCUGUCAUUGAACCAUGUGACUGUCUGUUAUGAUACAUUGUAUCAAUCAGAACUUCGCCAGCUGGUGAAGACACUGUCUGAAUGGACUCACUCACUUGAGGCUAGACUGGAAUUCUGUUGUGGUAGUUUCAAAGACCCGCAUAAUAUUAUUGAGGAAUUCAUCCCCAUUCAACAAGAACUCGAAGCUAUGCAGCAUGUUGAUGUGAAACAAUUUCGAAUAUAUUACCGGACAUCUUCCGACUCUAAAUGGUCUGAACAGGACAUUGUUGCUGAUGAUGGUGAUCAUGGUGAUGUGAUCGUUGAUGAUGAAUUUUGUAUGGGCAGCCUUAGUCGCAUAUUAAUGCGACUUAAGAUUAACUGUGUUUAAAAUCCAAGGGAUACAUGCGGUAUUACAUUAAUAUGUACAUGUUUUAUACGAAAAACAGUUUUUAAUUGGUUUGCAAUGUCUAAUGCAAAUGAAAUGAUUUCAGAUGUGUUAAUUGAUGUUGUUCUUCGUACGAUGAUUAUUUUGGCAUUGAUUAUAUAAAGAACAGAAGGAUAAUGAUAGUAAAUGAUGAAUGAAAUUGUGCAAAUGCUAUGACAACAAUAACGAAUACGACAAUAAAGACGGUGUUGCAGGUGAUAAUGGCGAUGAUGGUGGUGGUGGGGGGUGCUCGUGAAGAUGCUUAUGGUGAUUUUUUCGUAUCAUGAUGACGGUGAUGAUGAUGAAACCUAAUGACCGCC